UGCUCGGCCCGUGCCCGAUUCUCUUCUCUUAAUCACGUCCUCCGUUUCCCUCUCUCUGUGAAUUUCGAUAUUCAGAGAAGAGAUUCGUGAAAAUAAAGAAUUUAAAGUAAAUCCAGACAAGGAAUUCGUUUAAAGUAAGAUUUUUAGGAGAAAUUGCCUGAAGACUUGACUGAAAUCAGGUCCCUGCAGUGGAUGCAUGGCGGCAUAUAAACAGGAUGCUCACAAAGACAUUUUUUAAGACAAGUUUCAUGAGCAUGCAUGCACCAAUGGCGAUAGGAGGGAAAGAGAUAAGUAGUACAACGACCACAAAUCUGCCUUAUCGCCACAAACCAGAAGAUUGCUCAGUAGAGAAUACACCCACCUCUAAGCUCUCGCAGAAGACGGUCCUUCACCUCUUAAACACAAAAUGCGGCAAUUCUCUGCAAUAUCUCAAGCAAGUUCAUGGAGUGGUACUGAGGCGUGGCCAUUUUCAAGAUCACUAUGUUGCUGGCACCUUAGUGAAAUGCUAUGCAAAUCCUCAGAUAUGCAGCUUGGACUUCGCGUUGAAGGUCUUCGGCCAUGUCUACAGGCCCAACAUUUUUGUAUGGAACACUGUGCUUAAAGCGUGCUUGGAGCACGAUGAGGCAUGUAAGGUUAUAUACUUUUAUCAUAAGUUGGUGGAGGUUUCGUAUUCCAGGCCUAACAAGUUCACGUAUCCUCUAUUGUUGAAGGCUUGUGCUGUUGAGGGAGCUGCUAAAGAAGGGGUGCAAGUCCAUGGACAUGUGGUAAAACAUGGGCUUAGCCGAGACGGGCAUAUAAGAAGUGCAGGAAUUCAAAUGUAUGCAUCUUAUGGAUAUGUGGAAGAGGCACGGAGAUUGCUGGAGGAAGACGGAGACUGUGAUACUAUCUGUUGGAAUGCGAUGAUUGAUGGGUACUUGAAAUGUGGAGAUGUAGAAGCAGCUAAGGAGUUGUUCGAGAAAAUGUCAAGCAAGAAUGUUGGUUCAUGGAAUGCAAUGGUAAGUGGGUUUGGGAGGUGUGGGAUGGUUGAGAAUGCGAGAAAGAUGUUUGAUGAAAUGAUUGAAAAAGAUGAGAUUUCUUGGAGUGCUAUGGUUGAUGGUUAUAUCAAAACAGGGUGUUACAAGGAGGUAUUGGAGACAUUCAAUGAGAUGCAAAGAAAGAAAGUUAGGCCUAAAAAAUUUAUCUUGUCAAGUGUUCUGGCUGCUUGUGCUAAUCUGGGGGCACUUGAUCAAGGCAGGUGGAUUCAUGCUUAUGCAAGAAAAAAUUCUAUCAAAUUGGAUGCAGUUUUAGGGACUGCUUUGGUGGACAUGUAUGCUAAAUGUGGGCACAUCGACUUGGCUUGGGAUGUUUUUGAGAAUAUGAAGGAGAAGGAAGUUUUCUCUUGGAAUGCAAUGAUGGGAGGACUUGCUAUGCAUGGCAGAGCGGAGGAUGCUAUUGAGCUCUUCUUCAAAAUGCUGAGGGAAAGGGUAUUGGGACCAAAUGGGAUUACUCUUGUCUGUGUUUUAAAUGCUUGUGCUCAUGCAGGAUGGGUUGAUAAAGGCCUAAAUAUAUUAAAUUCAAUGCAAAAGAUUUAUGGUGUUGAGCCAGAAAUGGAGCAUUAUGGUUGUGUGGUUGAUCUGCUAGGAAGAGCAGGGCUCUUGAGAGAGGCAGAGGAGCUUAUUGCCUCAAUGCCAAUGAAGCCCAAUGCAGCUGUUUGGGGAGCACUUUUGGGUGCUUGCAGAAUACAUAAAAAUGUUGAACUUGGUGAAAGAAUUGGGAAAAUCUUGCUUGAGAUGGACCCUCUAAAUAGUGGGCGUUACGCCUUACUGUCAAACAUAUACGCAAAGGCAGGGAGAUGGGAGGAUGUCGGAAGGUUGAGAAAAUUGAUGAAGGGAAGGGGUAUCAGAACAACACCGGGAAUUAGCAUGAUUGAUUUAGAUGGCAUCAUUCAUGAAUUCAAAAUGGGGGAUGGAUCGCACCCACAAGUGGAGGAAAUUCACAUGAUGCUGGAGAAAAUAAUUGAGAAGUUGCAGAGGGAGGGCUACUCACCAAAUACCUCUCAAGUUUUGUUUGAUAUCAGUGAGGAGGAGAAGGAAACUGCAUUGAAGUACCACAGCGAAAAGCUUGCAAUUGCUUUUGGAUUGCUUAACACAAAACCAGGCACUCCAAUUCGCAUUAUCAAGAACUUGAGGGUGUGUGAGGACUGUCAUUCUGCCACCAAGAUUAUUUCAAGAGUUUAUAGACGGGAAAUUAUUGUCAGGGAUCGUGUUCGAUACCAUUAUUUCAAGAAUGGAGUAUGCUCAUGCAAGGAUUUCUGGUAAAAGUUCCUAAAGUGCAAGGUUCUUGUAAAUGACGCUGAAUCUUUUUUCAGUUUGAGAAAAAUAUAAUUUAAUACACAUCCUUACAGUGUAAGAACUGCGGAACAUAAAGAUAUCUGUUUUUAUGAAGUUCUGGUCCAAUUGGAUUGCUGUUGAAACUUGAAUAAAAUAUCUCCUUAAACCUG